CCUUCAUUAAAAGUGUAUUUAUUGCUUUAUGCACCUAAAAGACAUGCGUUUCUACCUUUGCUUCUUCGUAUUCUCUCUCACAUCGGCCAUUCAGAAAACAAGGAACUCCAUCUUUGGUUACACCCUUCUUGCAUCCCCUUUCGACGAGACAGAUGUUGAGGAGCUUUGGGAAUGCUAUAAACUCUGCUAUGACGACAAAGAAAACUGCGCCAGCAUCAACUACGACAUGAAAAAAGGAAGAUGCAAGCUUAUGAAGGUGACUCACGCAAACAUGCCUCGAAGUGAUCUCGUGGAAAUGGAAAAUUCCGUUUACGCGGGUAUUAGAGAGGGUAUCCUAACAGUUUGCUCUAACAUCACCCACCCCCUGGGGAUGGAAGAUGGAAGCAUUCCAGACUCAAGCAUCACAGCUUCGUCAUUCAGAGGGCACCCCCCUUAUAACGGACGCCUAAACAACCAAGCAGUGGGACACAUUGGCGCAUGGGCAGCCGAAAAAGCCCAAAAAGGCGAGUUCCUACAGGUGGACCUCGGCCAAGUCACGUGGGUUACCCAUGUAGCAACGCAGGGGCGCCCGGAAAUGACGUCAGCGAAUAAGACAAUGUGGGCGACUGAGUACACCAUUGAAUACAGUCUGACGGGAGAUCAGUGGCAGAGUUACCAAGACGAGAAUGGUGUGAUUAAGACAUUCCCUGGUAAUUCAGAUCGGAACACUGUGGUGAAGAACGAGUUCUCCCCUGUCAUCCAAGCGCGCUACGUCAGGAUUGUGGUGCAGGCCUGGUACACAAAUAUCGUUAUGAGAGCGGAGUUGUAUGGGUGUGAAGGGUAAACUGGGUUGAUAUACACCUAUUUCACAAAAGGUUGUCAGUGCAAAUGGCGAUAGGCAAAUGGCAGUUCUAAGACCAGAAGUGAAGAAUAUGAAUAAAUCAAAACAACUAUCUAUUAAAGGUUACCAAUGCUUGGCUCUAACAUUGCUGGACGUAAUUUAACACCUUUAAUUUUACGAAUAAUUAGUACCCAUAAGCCAUUUGGCAUUUGCACUGACAACCUUUUGUGAAAUAGGUGUAUCUUAUUUAACGAGCUUUCACGCUCGAUAAAGCUCGUUUUUUGAGAGCAAAGCUUUUCCGCCAGGAUUCCCAGGAAGCGUGUGCGUGUGCUUCAGCUGUGGAUUUCAAGGGUUGUUAAAUACUCCAAUCAUUUUUGUUGAUAUAAAACAUUGCUAGUACAUGGAUGUCUUAUUGUCGGAAAAAGACAUCCUCAAACGGGCUAGGGCAAGAAAUAGCUCAUAAAAAGCAAUAAAAAAAAACAAGGAAAGCACGUAAUUUACCUAUUAGUUCGUUGGCUCAUAGCUAACCUCCUACGCAUUUGUUUUCUGGUCUCUGUCACGCAGUCGUUGUGUACUCAGACACGCAGUCGUUUUGCUAUUUGUCACGCGAUGUUUUUGCGUGACAUACCUAGCUAAAAUGUUUUUAGAGAGGUGGUGGAUCUUUCAGUGGUGUAGAUAAAAGAAAUUGAUAAUCUGGAGUCCAUCUACAAUACAAAAAAAGGAAAUCAAAAUAAACCUGCACAUUGUA